AUGGAUGAAUGUCCAAACACCACUUUAAAAGAAUUCCACAUCUUGGGUUUCCCUACAUCUGAGACAGGACAACUUACACUUUUUAUUGGAGUCUUGACUAUGUACUUUCUGACCAUUUUGGGGAACCUGAUCAUUAUUACACUUAUCUCUUUGACGUCUGUGCUUCACACCCCAAUGUAUUUCUUCCUAUGUAACCUGUCAUUGGUGGAUGUCACAUAUGUCUCAACCACUCUCCCCAAACUCUUAUCCAUUACAAUAACCCAGGACAACCGAAUCUCUUUUCACGAUUGUAUCACUCAGUUGUAUUUCUUUACAUUUUGUGCUAUCUGUGAUAUUUUUGUGCUGACCUCCAUGGCUUACGAUCGCUAUGUAGCAGUUUGUAGGCCCUUGCAAUACACUAUGAUGAUGAACAAGAAUGUUUGUAUCACAAUAUCACUCUUCUGCUGGCUUAUAUCUGCUCUGAACUCCUUGCUGUUGACUUUGCUGACAUCUGUUCUUUCAUUUUGCAAUUCCCACAAAAUUAACCAUUUUUUCUGUGAUCUGAAAACCCUCACUGCUCUCUCAUCUAGUGAUACAAAAAGCAGGGAAAUAUUUAUGUUAUUCCAGGAUAUUCUGAUAGCAUGUGUUCCAUUCUCACUCACUAUAAUCUCAUAUGUGAAAAUCAUCAGGACUAUACUGAAGAUUCGUACUUCUGAAGGACGUCUUAAAGCUUUUUCUAGUUGUACUUCUCAUCUCAACACUGUUAUAUUAUUUUAUGGACCAAUCCUGUUUGUUUAUAUAAAACCUGAAUCUGAUCACUCUAAAGAACAAGACAACUUAAUCUCAAUGCUGUAUGUGGCUGUUGUCCCAAUGCUCAAUCUAUUUGUUUACAGUCUGAGGAACAAAGAUGUAUUAGGUGCCAUUAGAAAAUUGACCUCCUAUAGGAGCUCUCUACUUUAACCUUAAGGACCAGAAGGAUUUGCCCCC